ACGCUGGGUCUAUUCGAUGGAACGUCUUCGACCAUUUACACAUUAUAAAGGCCUCUUGAGAUUCAACGGGUUCCGAGGUGCUAUCAUUAUCAUUGUUUCCAGACAUCCAGGACCUCCGAAUUCCGGAGUAUAUUGAGGUGUCCCAAGCGAUGAAUGUAAACAGGUAUGGGAGACGUGUCAUAGAGCCUUGGAAAAGAACUGAGGCGACAAGUAUAUCAAACUUUCAUCCUCCCGAAUGCCGGCAAUGACUAUAUAAGGCGACUUGAAGUGUUGAAGGUACCAUCCUUUUGUGAAGAAAACAUAAAAGCCGAAGUUUAAAUGGCCACAGACAGUGGGCGGCUAUUCACCCUCUUGUUCAUACCAUCAUGUCGGCCAUUCUGCCUCAGGAACUUUUGGAUCAAAUCAUCGACUAUUUGUACCACGAGUCCAGAACUCUCAAACAGUGCAGUCUCGCGUCUUCUUUACUUCUCGGGCGUUGUCGGUACCACCUCUUCCGUGUCCUGAAAGUUGGUUAGCAUAAAAAGGUCAUAAACAAGGACGUCAUGAUCUACCUAAGAUCAUCCUCCGUCACUCCGUACGUUCAAGAGGUGCAUGUGCAAGCCGAUGUGGUUAUCUCUUAUGGGUUAUCGGUCCCUGAGAUCCAAAUUUUGCUCAGACAUCUCCCUUCACUCCAACAUCUCGAGCUUUCUUACUGUAAGCUAGGUUCUCUGGAUAGGAAAAAUCAGACGCUACCGUCGUAUGAAACUGCUCGGCCGUCCUGUCUGCCGCGCCUUACACUGCGCGGUGUCCGCUUCACGAACGAUCUCCCUAUGGCCGAAUUUCUCUUCAUGUGCCGUCCGAAGGAUUUGAUCGUUCUUUCGACUCGCUUGCCGCCCGAACGUGUACCCAAGUCUGCCACGCUCCCUAACCUUCGUGAAGACCGAUAUCAACGGAUUCCUGCCUGUAUCACUCGCCUUACCUCUGUCCGUAACAACGACGCUUGUACCGCAAUCCUGAGCCGCGUUAUAUCCUAUAAUCAAACCCUGGAAUAUCUCAAAAUAGAUACUGACGACGGAUCGCUCAACACUAAAAUAUGUGCGAAUUUGAUUGCGAAUGCUUCUUCGUCAUUAAGACACCUCGAGUUCGUUGCUACUCAGUUACGGUAUUCUUGGGACGAUGUCUGUCUCUAUUGUUGCACACAUCUGGAUUCUCUUACAUUGACUUUCUCUCAUAUGGAGAUAGAGUGGAUGUGGUCCAAGACGCUUCCUAUCCUCACCACCAUUCCUGCCACCAUAAAGGAGCUCACAUUUGAUUUCCACGUGCGGACACAUUCAUUGUCGCUCCGCCGGCUCCAAUUUAGAGACGACAUCCUAGUCCGAAGCCUCUCCAGGUUCCGUUCAACAUUGAAACGCGUCAACCUCCGUUUCCAUCCGGACUUUCCAAAAAAUACAUCUCCUACAAGCUCACAGGUUCACUAUAUGAAUAUGUUUGUCGAAAGUGUUAGGGAAGGUGUGUCGUUUCUGCCGAGCGGACUGGUUCAUCUAGAAAUCAUCUAAGACCGAGGCGUCAAGGUAUGAAGGGGUUGUCGAUUCGACAUUUCGUCUGAUAGGACUGCCUAACCUUCCUGGCAUUAAGGACAGUAAUUUAACUCUUUCUUGUGGUUACGACAUAUGAUCUCAAUGACGAUGAUUUGACCAUCCGC